AUGAAUGCUACAGAAUCAAACAAUUUAAACCAAACAGGAGACUCCAUGACGAAUGGCAACGUUAGUGGAUUAACUGUAGAAAACGAUUUUCACGAAGAAGAGGAACAAAUUGCGAUUGAUUUUAGCAAAUACUACUCUUAUGAACAAGGCUCCAUUGUGGAAAACCCACAACCAAUGUCAUUAAAUGAACGAAUUAAUAAUGUGGCAUCAAAAGUUAAAGAAGGACCAGAAAUUGUUCAAGUUCCAAAGAAAAAUCUUCCAAAUGAUCUACGCUCAAAACGUAAACGCAUUCAUAAACGAAAGAAUGCCGGCGAUGAUAUUGGAGAUGGAAUUCAAUACUCCGAUGAUGAUGAAGUUGACGAUGGCGGAAACGGAAUGAAAAUUGAAGACGAAGAAUCUCUAUCAAAGAAAUCACUACAAUUUUCAGGAAAUGAUCAAAAUGCCGAAGAAGAAGAAAUUAACGAUCUUCAAAAUCAAGAACCAUCAAUGACAAGCUCAAUAUUUGAUUCACCAGAUAAUCAUACAGAAAAUAAUACUUCAAAUUCUUCACCACGCCCAGUAAUUAUUAAACAACCGAUAAAUGUAAGAAAGAAAAAGAAACAAAACGAUAAUGUUUACGAAUCUAAGUGCACAUAUCCUUACUUAUAUCCAUCCAUUCAGUUUGGACCUAAUAAAUUCAACAAGAUGUUGGAUCCAGAAUCUGUCCAGGAAAUUGAGUACAGAUAUGCAGCGCAAAGAAAAGGGAAUGUAACAAAACGUGGUGAUACACCUCAAGAAUCAAGACCUACAACUAAUUCUCGACCACGAACUUCAACAUUAAAGCGUACACAAACAUCGGAAAGUGGAAAUCCUUCUAUGCUUAAAGAUGACUCGCUGUUUGCACGUCGUUUGGACCAAAAUAACGAUCUUUUCAAGACGGCAUCAAAUGAUAAAACAAAUUACCGAACGGCGAAGACAACAGUGAAUUCACCACGAGGAAUAGCAGGUUAUCCUAUGGUGAAUCCAAACACAGAACAUUACUAUAAAACAAGUGGAAGAACAACUCCAAGUGUAAAUGACCAAAGUAAAGCAGAUAAAGAUGAUUUGGCUAGUAUUUCAGAAGACGAUCGUCCAAAGAGCAGGAGGAGUGACUAUGCACCCCCUGCUUUUGCAAAACCAGAAAAUUAUAAAUCUGGUUCUGGCUCUGAUGUUGAAAGUCCACCAAAGAAAUCAACUGUUGGAACAAACACAUCAGAAUCUGGUGGUAAGAAAUCGACUGCUACUAAUACAACAUCGAGAAGAGGAAAUCCAACUAAAAAUACUAACAAACCAUACUAUCAGCCGUAUUCAAAGCAGUCUAAACCAAAGAUUUAUCAUAAGAGCAACAUAGAUUACUCAUCUGCUGCUUCUUCAGAGGCAAAUUCAAGAUCUCUUUCACCACAGAACAGGAAUUAUGGACAGACAAACUAUUCUUCUAAAUAUGGAAAUGGAACUAUAAUGUAUCCAGGCAGUGGAAGUCCGAGCGAAUUAGAUUAUAAGUCAAAUUAUCAUGGAUCUAACAGAAGAUCGCCUGUUUCUUCAAAAGGAAGUCCAAAUAGAUCACAAAGAAGCUCUCCACAACACUCUCCUCAUAAGAGAUCUUCAAGUGUACCUUCAAAUAAGCCUCAAGAGAAUAUAGAAACUACUUCCCCCGAAAAAGUGACACCAACUGAAAAUAAAGAUCUCAAUCUUAAAUCUACAAUCGAAGAAAAACUUGAAGAAAAGCCUAAUGAUAACGAAACAGCAUCACAGGAUCAGGAUAAUCAAGAAAAUCCAGAAAAUAAUGAAGAUCCACAAAAUCCAGAAAAAUAUGAUUUAAGUUUGAGGAAGAUGAUCAAAGAAAUGACAAAAGGAGCAAUCUUAAAGGAUCGUUUGAAGGUUCUCAUUGCUCAACAAACAACAGAAGUCUCUUAUUUCGGAGGAAAAGUUGAUGUCGACGGAAACAACAAGAAUUUAGACCAGGUCCCAAAAAAAUCAGAUUCGCCGACACAGUCCAAAUCUCCCCCAAGUAAUAAAGAUAAAGAAAACCCGACUGCGUUGAAGAAUGUUUUUGAUAUGCCAGAAUCAAAUGACAAAAACGAAGAUAAACCAAAGAAUAAUGAUGACAACAAGCUUAGUAUUCAAGAUGCCAUAGAGAAUGCUAAGAAAGAAGAUGAAAAUAAUAAAAAUCAAAAAGAUGAUAAACCAAAUGAUAAAUUAUCAAUGCAGGAUGCUGUAAAAGAUGCAAAAACAAAUGAAAACAACAAAGAACAACAAAAAGAACUUUCAUCUCCAAAUAAUUCUCCGGAAAACAAGGAAAAUAAGCCUCAAAACCAAGACAAGAAACAAGAACAACCACAAAACAACCAAAACAAUCAACCUUCUCUUUCAAUUCAAGGUUCUGUGAAUAAUGCUCUAGAAAAUUUGGACAAAGAACCAGAAAAACAAGAAAAACAACCAGAAAAUCAACAGAACCAGCCACAAAACAAUCAAAACAACCAAAAUAACCAACCUUCAUUGUCAUUACAAGAUUCAGUGAAUAAAUCACUUCAAAACAACGAAAAUCAACCAAAACAACAAGAGAAACAACAAGAACAGCCACAAAACAACCAAGAUAACACAAGUUCUCUGUCAUUACAAGACGCAUUAAACAGAAACAAAGUUACAUUUGACAAUCCACCAGAAAACAACCAACAAAACCAAGAAAACAAGUCACAGAAUGCUUCUCCAAUGCGAACAGCAGCAUCUUCAAUUCUUUCUAAACCAAAACAGACACAAAAAACACCACAACAAGCAAAUCAACCAUUGCCACAGAACCAACAACCAAAGAAUUGUCCUUUGACACUGACUUUCGCUGAAGAUGCCUCUGAGUUCUUAGAUGAUGCAACAGGAGCAGUGAUUCCAGGCGGAAAGAACUCUCCUCCAAGAAACAAAUCAAGUGAAGAACUGAAACCAAUCGAAUACAACUCUCCUCCAAAUUCUCCUCCACGACAACCAAUUUUAACUGGACUUUUGAAGAAAGAAGAACCAAAACCAAAACAAAGUCUCCUUUCUGGACUCAUCAACAACGAUGAAAAACAACAAAAUCAAAAUCAACAAGUUAAGCCAAAUGUUCCUAUUAAUAAUUUACUUCCUAAUGAAAACAAACAAAAUCAAAAUAAUGGAUCUAAACCUGUUGAAAAUAGACAAAAUGAACCAAUCAAACCAAAUGUUCCAAUUGAUAAUUUACUUAAUAAUGAAAACAAACAAAAUCCAGAGAAACAAAAUGUAGAAAAUAAGCAAAAUGUUGAGAAUAAAGACAAUUUGUCAAUUAAACCAGUUGUUCCUAUUGAUAAUUUACUUGCGGAUAAUGAUAAACAAACAAGUGAUUCUAAACAAGAAAAUAAUGAUAAGUCUCAAAAUCAGAAUAAAGAGAUCAAACAAAAUGUUCCUAUUAACAAUCUUCUAUCUGAUAACAAACAGCCACAAAAUCAAAAUGAUACUAAACAGAAUCAACAAGUUAAACCAAAUGUUCCUAUUGAUAAUUUACUUGCAAAUAAUGAAAAACAAACUCAGGAGAACAAAGCAACUGAAAACAAACAAAAUGAAUCUAAACCAACAGAUAAUAAUCAAUCAAUUAAACCAGUUGUUCCAAUUGAUAAUUUACUUUCUGAUAACAAUAAACAACCAAAUGAAAAUAAACCAACUGAUUCUAAACCAAAUCAAGAGAUUAAAGCAGCUGCUCCUGUUGAUAAACUUCUUUCUGAUAACAAUAAACCACAAACAGAGAACAAACAAAAUGAAAUUAAACCAAAUGUUCCAAUUGAAAAUUUACUUUCAGACAACAAACAACCAAAUCAAAAUGAAAACAAGCAAACAACUGAUAAUAAACAAUCUAAACCAAGUGAUUCCAAACAAGAAAUUAAACCAGUUGUUCCUAUUGGUAAUUUACUUUCUAAUAAUAAACAAAAUGAUGAAAAACCAAAUGAACAGAAACAAAACAAAGAUGUUCCUAUUAAUAAUCUCCUUUCUAAACCACAAACAGAUAACAAACAACCAGCUAAUGAUAAACAAAACGAAACUAAACCAUUAUCUACAGCUAUAACUAGUAAAUUAGAAAACAAACCACAAAAUGAAGAGAAACCAAAAGAAGAAAAAGUUCCUGAAAACAAACAAUCAAAUGAUCCAAAACAACAACAAAACAACGAUCUCAAACAAAAUGUUCCUGUUGAUAAUCUUCUUUCUAAACCACAAUCUGAUAACAAACCAAAGGAACAAACUAAACAACCAAUUUCUGGAAUCAUUACUAACAAUCUUAAGAAUGUUCCAACAGAAAGUAACAAUAAACCAGAAACUAAACAAGAAAAGAAAGAAGAAAAAGCUCCAAUUAAUAAUCAAAAUGAUAAAAAGCCACAGGCACAGAAUAAACAGACUUCUCCUUCUGAUAACAAACAACAGAAAUCAGAACCAAUUUCUGGAAUAAUUUCAAACAAUUUGAAGAAUAUUCCAGAAAAUCAGAAACAAAAAGAAACAAACAACCAAAAACAAGAUAGUUCCAAACAAACUAAACCAGAAGAAAAGAAACCAGUUACAAAACAAACAGAUAACAAACAAAACAAUAAACCUGAAGAAAACAAACAAACUUCUAAAGCUACUCCUAUUUCUGGUGUUAUUUCAAACAAUUUAAAGAAUUUACCUGAUAAUUCUAAACCAAACAAUGCUGCAAAACCUGAAGAAAACAAACAAAAUGAACAAAAGAAACCUGAAGAAAAGAAAGAAACUAAACCAGAAGAGAAGAAAGAAGAAACAAAAGCAGCACCAAUUUCUGUAAUUAUUGUAACAAAUGUGAAACCAGAAGAAAAUCAAACAAAAGAAAAUUCUGCUCCAGUGGAUAAUCUUCUUCCAAAAGAGAACGCAGAAGAAAAGAAGCCAGAAGAAGAAAAAGAAAAGAAACCAGAAGAGAAAGAAGUAAAAGAAAACAAACAAGAACCAGUUAAAGAAGAAGUAAAGAAACCAGCUAAAACUCCAAGUCCAGGUUCUCUUUCUUCUCUUCUUAAGAAUGUUUUGAGAAACUCAAUGAAGAAACCAGAAGAAACAGAGCAAAAACCACAAGAAAAACAUGAAGAAAAAGAUGCAAAAUCAUCAACAGCUCCACUCUCAGCUGCUCUCAUUCUUCCUCCUUUACAAUCAGAAGAAGAAAAACAAAAGGAAAUCGAAGAAAAACAAAAAGAAGAAAAACCAAAGGAAGAAUCAGAAAAACCAGCUGAAAAUGAAGAAAAACAGAAAGAAAAUGAACCAGAAAAACCAAAAGAAAACGCAGAGAAGCCAAAGAUUGACGCUAAAGCAGCAACGGUUCCAAUUGCUGCAGCUCUUGUUGCUAAACCAAUAAUAGAUAACAAGCAAUCACAACAAAAACCUGCUCAACAAAAGCAACAACCAGCUAAAACUGAUGCAAAGAAACCAGUUGAUAACAAAUCUCAGCCAAAACAAACAGAAACAAAACCAGCUGCAAAACAACAACAGAAACCACAAGAAGCAAAGAAAUCUCCUUCUCCAACAAACAACAAAUCAUCAACUGCUCCUCUUUCUUCAGUUAUUGCAGCAAACUUAAACAAACCAACAAACAACAAUACAAAACAAACUCCAACACAACAGAAAGAACCAACAAAACCAAAUCAUUCUCAACAAAAGGAACAACCAAAACAAACUCCAGCUCAACAGAAACAAACACCAAAUCAACAACAGAAAGAACAACAAAAACAAACUCCACAACAACAGAAAGAGCCAACAAAACCAGCUACAACAAUUGGUUUACAACAACAAGUUAAACAGAAAUUGGAACAAACUCCUCCACCACAACAAAAGGAGCAACCAAAACUAAAUCAAUCUCAACAGAAAGAACCAACAAAACAACCACAAAAUCAGCAAAAGGAACAACCAAAACAAACUCCUCAAAAAGAACAACCUAAACCGACUCCAACUCAAGAAAAACAAACCCCACAAAAAGAACAACCUAAACAGACUCCAACUCAAGAAAAACAAACACCACAACAACAGCAACAAAAGGAACAACCAAAACCAAAUCAAUCUCAACAGAAAGAACAACCAAAGCCAAAUCAACAACAAAAGGAACAACCAAAGCCAGCUACAACAAUAAGUUUACAACAAACAGUUCAACAGAAAUUGGAACAACCAAAGGAACAAACACCACAAAACAAUCAACAGCAACAACAAACAAAAGCAACUCCUCAAAACAACCAACAUGUCAAUAUUCAGCAUCCUAACAAUCAGAAACAAGAAACUCAUCCACAAAUUAACAACAAUAAUAAACCAAAUCAACAACAAAAGAAACAAAGAGCUCAAACAGUUAUUUCAAAACCACCUGAUUUAAUUGAUUUAAACAUUACAACAGUUGGAAGAAAGUCAAGAAUGCCACCAAUAAAGAAACCAGAAUCAGCUGAGAAACAAUUCAUUCCUGCAGAGAAACAACAUCCAGAACACAGACCAGCGAAAAUAAGGGAUUCUUCUCUUUCUCCUCCACCUUCUGAAGAUGGAUCUCCAAUCAACAACUCUAAGAAACAAAAUGUUUCAAUUGUUAUGACUCCUGAUGAAAGAUCAACAUCCGUUUCGAUGUUAUUGAAUGCAGAAGCUGAUGAUGAAGACAACACAAUUGACCAGGAAGAGCCAAAGAAACAACAGCCAAAGAAGAUCGUUACAGCAUCAAAGGAAGAACAACAAAUGGCUGAUGCUUUGUUACAAAGUUCCGGAUUAACUUCACUUGCAAAUUACAACUACAACAAUAAGAACAAACAAAGAAAACCAGCUGUUGUUACUCAACCAUUACAGAACAUGCCAAAUCCAAUAAACAAUCCUCCAAUAGCACAAACAGUUAGAAUUGAGCCGAAGAAGAAACCAGAUGAUGAAGAAAUGCAGCAACUAAAUAGAACAGAUGCAAUUGCUCAAAGUCUUCCUCGUCUUCCUUUGGCUUCUCUUGGAUUAACAAACAAUGUUCCUCCACCAUCAAUUUUCGCUCCAAUUGUCGAACUUCCUGAUGACAAACAACAACAAACACAACAACCUGCUCCUCAAAAGAAACAAGAGCAAACACCAAGUGGAAGAAAGGCUUUGUCUAUUUCGCCUGCAACAUCAACGACAACACCACAAAACAAAGAACAAAAGAAAGAAAAGAAAGAAAACCAUACGAAAUUACAGCCGAUGACAUCAGAAGAAGUAAAGAAGAUUAAUGAACAAAUGGACAGCAACAAAGGUCCUUCAAGCACAACGAAGAAGAAGAAAGACAGAUGGAUAACACCAACAACAUCAACAAUUACUUCUCCUAAUGGUCUUGCAAGAGUUAAUUCUUACAGGCCAAACCAAGUUCCUUCCGAAGAUUCAAUGUCUUCAAUAACAAGUGCUCCGCCACAAACAGUUAGGUAUUCUACAGGAGCACCUCAUUCCAGCAGGCUCGGAAAAGCAUUGAGUGGAAGAAACAGAGGAACACCAACAUUUGUGUGGAAUUCUCAUGUUUCUGAUGAUUCCGAUGAAGAAAAUCCAGGUUCGAAUAGAGAUUCUUUGGUCACUUCACUCAGAGCAACGAGAAAGAGGUUCUUAAAGUCAAAGGCUAUUAAAGAUGAUAACGCUGACUUAAGACCAACUACUCCGGAUUACGAAACUUAUGAAGCUGAAAUGCAUGAAAGCGAAAUGCAGACAGAACAUGACAUUUUGUCACCUGAUGCAAGGAUUAUGGCUUUCUCAGGCCUCGCAGACCUUAAGCAUGUUGAUAGAAUCAUGUCAAACAUUGAAAGAGACGUUAUGUCUCCGAAAUCUCAAACUCCAAAGUCUCAGAGAAGUAAGAGUACAGAUAAUUCGACAUCUACAGAGAAACCUAUCACCAAUACUCGCUUCUUUUAA